AUCAUUUUGUAGAUGUUCUCCGAUUAUCCGAAGGAGGAUACGCACAUUUUAACCAUCGUUACUCUCUGGGUGUGUGUUUUUAUUUUUUUUAAAACUUUAUUUAUUGUUUUGAAUUAUUGCCUUUAGCCCCUGUCGCUCAUUCCGCAAAUAAUUCCAAAAAAUGAAAGACGUCAGCAUUUUCCUUUUUGUGCCCAACUUGAUCGGUUAUGUUCGGAUCCUCUUCGCUGUCGUCUCGUUGUAUUUCAUGCCCAGCAGCCCCCUGCUCGCCUCGGCCUUCUACCUGCUGAGCACAGUGCUGGAUGACCUGGACGGGUACGCUGCCCGCCGGCUGCACCAAGAGACGCAGUUCGGGGCGAUGCUGGACAUGCUGACUGACCGCUGUGCCACCAUGUGCCUGCUGGUCAACCUGUCCAUGCUCUACCCACAAUGCACCAUGCUCUUCCAGCUCAGCAUGACCAUCGACGUGGCCAGCCACUGGAUACACCUGCACAGCUCCAUGAUGAAAGGAAGCUCCAGUCACAAGACCAUUGAUCUGUCCGGGAAUCUGCUGCUGAGACUCUACUACACAUCCCGGCCCGUUCUGUCUCUGAUGUGCGUCGGCAACGAGCUCUUCUACUGCAUGCUGUACCUGCUGAGCUUCUAUGAGGGCCCAAGAAUGGGAUUCCUGCCGGCCGGAUUAUUCCGGUGUGUGUUCUGGCUGAGCGUUCCGAUCGCGGUUCUGAAACUCGUCAUCAGCCUCCUUCACCUGGUCACAGCGUCGCGAAACAUUGCAGCCAUCGACACAGCCGAGCGCAAGAAGAGACUGGAAACUGCACAGUGAGGAGCGAGAGAGACAGAGGAGAGAGGAGAGAGAGACAGAGGAGAGAGGAGAGAGAGACAGAGGAGAGGAGAGAGAGACAGAGGAGAGGAGAGAGGAGAGAAAGAUCUGGGUCAUUGCUGGAGCCACAGUCCAGUAUAAUAUAUAAAACUAUGGCUAUUGAAACUUAGGGGGAGUGUCUGAAUCAUUGCAGGAGCCACAGUCCAGUAUAAUAUAUAAAACAAUGGCUAUUGAAACUCA